AUGGUGAUCCAACAGGUGGGCAGCAGGGGGCGAGAGGCCGCUGAGAGAAGGGGAGGUCACUCUGAGGACAAGAAACAGACACUGUUGGCGUUGCUGAUCUUGGUGCUAUAUGCGGGCACACAAAUAUCAGGAAGAAGUUGGGAGGUGUCAGAAAGAAUCAGAGAAUGUAACUACGCCCAGAAUCCUAUGACUUCCCAGGUGUUUGAAUACCAGACCAAUGACCCCUCAGAAGAGCCAAUCAAGGUCAUCAGGACCUGGUUGAAGGAGAACUUGCAUGUUUUCGUGGAGAAGCUACAGAAAGAGGUGCGAGACCUGGAACAGCUGGUGCGAGACGUAGAACAGCUGGUGCGGGACCUGGAGGAGUGGCUGGAUGCCCUCCUGGGAGACGGGUACCCAGAGGAGCCCUGCGCCACCCUCAAAAAUCACUUGUGA